AAAAUGAUGAGAUAGCUGAAUUGAAUUUUUCCAUUUUCUUUAGUUUUUUCGCAAAUUUCUUCAAAUAUAUCUAUUAAUUAUUUAAUUCGUAUCGAUAUAAGUUAAAUUAAUUAAUCGUCAAGAUGCCGGAUUACCUUGGAGAUGAUAUGAGAAAGACGAAAAAAGGCGACGAUCCGGAAAAAGAAGAGAAGGAAAUAAAAACUCUCGAUGAAGCAGAUAUCGCUUUAUUGAAAACUUACGGACAAGGCCAGUAUACUAAGAUUACGAAGGUAGUAGAAGAUGAUAUUCAAUCGGUCAUCAAGCGUAUAAAUGAAUUAACUGGUAUUAAGGAGUCCGAUACUGGAUUAGCUCCUCCGGCAUUAUGGGAUUUGACGGCGGAUAAACAAACCCUUCAAAAUGAACAACCAUUACAAGUUGCUCGAUGUACUAAAAUCAUAAAUGCAGAUUCCGAUGACCCGAAAUAUAUAAUAAAUGUGAAACAAUUCGCUAAAUUCGUGGUAGAUUUGGCCGAUUCCGUUGCCCCUACUGAUAUCGAAGAAGGGAUGCGUGUCGGAGUCGAUCGUAAUAAGUACCAAAUCCAUAUACCUUUACCGCCUAAAAUCGAUCCUACUGUCACAAUGAUGCAAGUUGAAGAAAAACCAGAUGUUACCUACUCCGAUGUCGGUGGCUGUAAAGAACAAAUUGAGAAAUUACGAGAAGUAGUCGAAACUCCCCUGCUGCACCCUGAAAAAUUCGUCAACUUGGGUAUCGAACCACCCAAAGGAGUAUUACUUUUCGGACCUCCCGGUACUGGAAAAACUCUCUGUGCCAGAGCAGUAGCUAAUAGAACCGAUGCUUGUUUCAUUCGUGUUAUUGGAUCAGAACUAGUACAAAAAUACGUCGGCGAGGGUGCUCGUAUGGUUCGUGAAUUAUUCGAAAUGGCUCGUAGCAAAAAAGCUUGUUUGAUAUUUUUCGACGAAAUCGACGCUAUCGGAGGUGCCAGAUUUGACGACGGAGCCGGCGGAGAUAACGAAGUUCAGAGAACUAUGUUAGAAUUGAUCAACCAGUUGGAUGGUUUCGAUCCUCGUGGAAAUAUUAAAGUUUUGAUGGCUACGAACAGACCAGAUACUCUGGAUCCGGCUUUGAUGCGUCCUGGACGUUUAGAUCGUAAAGUAGAAUUCGGUUUACCUGAUUUGGAAGGCAGAACGCAUAUAUUUAAAAUUCACGCCAGAGCUAUGAGCGUAGAACGAGAUAUUCGAUUUGAAUUAUUAGCCAGAUUAUGUCCUAAUAGCACAGGAGCUGAAAUUAGAUCAGUUUGCACUGAAGCUGGCAUGUUCGCUAUUCGAGCCAGAAGGAAGGUAGCCACCGAAAAAGAUUUCUUAGAAGCUGUAAAUAAGGUUAUCAAAUCGUACGCCAAGUUCUCGGCUACUCCGCGUUACAUGACGUACAAUUAACGAGAUACUGAUCGUCAUCUUAUGCGAAUCAUUCUUAGUCAAAUAUUCUCGAGAAUGGUGGAAAAAGUGUUUUCUUUUUUAAAUACGAAAUUAUUACAUAAGUUAUGCGAAUCCUGUAACUAAAAAAAUGUGAAUGAUUGUUUUUUUAUUCAAAUACAUAUAAAUAAUAGGUGUAAAAACUUUGUAAGUCUGUGUUCUAGAA